CUUGAGUAUCAAAUACUGCAAACUCAUGUAGACUUUUUUUUUUUUAAUUAUUUCAUUUUAUCCUUUUUUAUUAUUGUUAUCAUUGUUUCUUCCGCGUUUUAUUGCCAAGUCUAAAUAAUGUCAUCUAAAAGUAAAUUCCGUUCAGAUUUUAUUUGUCGUGUAAGAUAUCGUAAUGUACUUCCACCAGUUCCAUUUGCACCCAAGAUGCUUUCUAUACCUUCUUUAGUUGAACGUCAUAUUCCUUAUCAUUCAACAAGCUUAGUUGAAAAAACACCUUAUUCGUUAAUUAUGGAUCAAAGUACAGCCAUUCCUUUCGAUAAAGCUGUUGUUGAUUAUCUAGAUGCUAUGGAAACCAAUCCCGAAGAAGUGACACGACCUGUUGAAGAAGUAGCAGAAGAAGACAGGGCAUUACUUACAUCACCUAGAGAUGCACAACAAGGUUUAGCAGGUUCACAGGUGAGAAAGCCUAAUGUAACAUGGCUUCGUCGUUCAGAAUACAUUGCACAAGAGGUCAGAAAUACUCCUAGUAGAAAAGAAGGAGUUGAAAAUAAAUUUGCCAUGUCUGCUACAACAAUAAAGAAACAUAAAUAUAGCACACACGAAGAGCAAAUUGCAGGCAUUGAAAAGACUUUUAAACAGCUUCCUGGUGAUUUACAACACCCUCAAACAAAGGCAAAGGCAAAGAAGAUUAUGCCUUUAUUGCCAAAUAUGGAAUGUUGGGAGAAUAUCUAUACUGUAUGCCAAUUCAGUACAGAUCCAGCUGAUGAAAGAAGAUUACAAAAGAGAAAAUUGAAUGGUAUAGAUCAAAAUCAAGAGAAUGAUUCAAAACGCCCUCGUAUUUCAGAAACAGAUGCAACUGAUCGUGGCAUUUUGAGGCCUAUGUUGAAUCCUGAUGAUCCUGAUGAUGCUUAUCUUGUUUGGUUUUUGCCUGAUGAAGAAAGUUCAAAGAAAUUAGUUGAACAAAAAUUGAAUCCUUUAGCAGAAUCAUUAGAUGAGCCCUUAACGUUUCAUUCAAUUCGCGAUUAUGAAUAUAAGAACAAUGCUGCGUCUAAAUUCAAAUAUUUGAUGAUUACUAUGCAUGAUGAUGAUCUUGGUGUGAGAGCUACUUAUUGUCCUAUUAAGGGCAAAAUGUCUAUUCAUAAAAAGAGAGCUCAAAGCGCAAGAUUUAAGCAUGAAGAAGAUUCAACUACUACUUUGAAAGUUUCUUAUGUUAAACAGUAAUAGGGGUAAAAGUGAUACCGAAUUAAUUUCUUAUUGUCAUCAAUUAAAAAUGUGGGGAAAAAAAUAGAGUCCUUAUAAAAAUUUAUUUCAUAAUAUAAAGUACUAUUUCCCUUUUUUUUUCCUUUUUAUUUUAUAUAAACA